UAUCCUUUUUACUUUAAUAUUUGUGUAUGUAACCUAAGGUUCUAUGAAUAAUUAUCAAUAAUAGGAAAUCGGAGUGAGUUCGGUGAUUUUAAUUAGUUCGAGAACAUCAUGACAUAAUGUAGAUAACUGAACACUUUAUUGAUCAAAUGCAACUUUUUGCAUGAAGACCUAUGUUGAUUUAAAAUAAUAAAAUGUAUUGAUUGUUGAAAUAACGUUUUAUUUGAUGCUUGCAGUGAAGUUAUUGUAAAAAUGGAAAAUAUUAAAAGGUGGGUAACUUGGAGCAUAUUUUCGACAAGUUUAAUAGUGAUUUACGCAUCGCCGCUGCCGCAGUGUGAACGCGCCCCGGCGCGCGCAGCCGCGGAUGCGUAUUAUCGGUUAGGUAUUGCCGGCGAGCCCGACUUAUUCCUGCCUGGAGAACUUUAUACAGUCUCACUUCACGGCGUUGAUAGCGGGCAAGGUGCGACCCCUUUUAUAGGAUUCGCUAUAUGGGCCGAAUUAAGCGCCGAUUUCGGUAAAGAUGGUAGUGAUGAAAAUGGUAAAACUACAGUUGCACCAAAAUUGCCGACUCUUGGAGUUUUUCAGGCCUAUGACGCUCAGACAAAGAUACACGAAUCUUGCGCUCCGGCUGUGGACAACGCGACCGCUCAUCCUAAAACAGAAGUGCAGAUCUUAUGGAAUGCCCCAUUGAAUGUGGCAAAUACUUGUAUAAGAUUAUGUGCCCGUGUUGGUCCCGCAAUUGGCGCUAAAACGUGGUCAGUGUUAGCGCGUAAGAUAUGCCCGACAUCCGUCGCUCCUUCUACCUUCGCCCGACAACCGCCCAUUGUAGAGCCAUGCUGUGCCUGCGAUGAGGCCAAGUAUGAGAUUACUUUCGAAGGGCUAUGGUCACGCAACACUCAUCCGCGAGUUUCCCCAGAAAGUGCGCACGCGCACUUCGGGGACUUGAUUGGUGCUUCACAUACGGCCCAAUAUAGAGUCUGGCAAGAGGGUAGAGUGGCUAGCACGGGACUUCGACGCUUAGCAGACGAUGGCGCUACUACUGCGCUGGAAAAAGAACUUAAAGCAGAGAGCGACCAUAUACGUACAAUAAUCAAGGCUCGUGGCAUAUCGUGGCAGCAGGUUGCCGGAGUUAAUAACCCGAGCACGUUUGCAGUGUUUCGCGUGGAUGCCAAACAUCAUUUAGUAUCAUUGGCGGCCAAGCUGGCACCCUCUCCUGAUUGGAUCGUGGGCGUCUCUGCGUUAGAGUUGUGCAAUGCUAAUUGUACCUGGCGAAGAUCUGCCACGUUGCCUCUGUACCCUUACGAUGCUGGUACUGACAGCGGCAUUAGUUACACCUCACGACGUAUGCCAACUAUACCAGCAGCGCCUGUGCGCGCCCUCAGGUCCGACUGGCCUCGAGACACGCGAUCCCCAUUCUACAGCUCUAAUGUCGAGAAUAGACCGUUCGCGCGACUGCGUCUCACUCGACUGCGACUUUAUGAAAAGAGCUGCGAUGCUCCAGACGUAGGGCACGAGCACGUGCCGGAGGUGAUCGGGUCGAGUGGUGGUGCGGGCGCGUGCGCGACGCAUGCGUGGGGCGCGUGGGGCCCGUGCAGCGUGACGUGCGGGCCGGGCCGCGCCGCGCGACAGCGGCAGUAUGUGUGGCCGCACCGCGCGCGCGCCGACGCCUGUCGCACGCCGCUCACCGACUACAGGCGCUGCCAUGGACCGCGCAUGCACUGCAAAGCUCCAUCGGAAUACGAGCCGGACCCGGCGGAGUCGAGCGGUCCGUGCGCGGUGUCGCAGUGGUCGGAGUGGUCGCCGUGCGAGGGGUGCGGCGUGCGCGGGCGCUCGCGGCACUACUUGGCGCCGCGCGCGCACAAGCGCUGUCACGUGGGGUACCGCGCGCGCAUGGUCAUGGACCAGGCCAUGCCUUGCGACGCUGGACCUUGCGAGAAACCACGAGGACCGCACGUGAAUGCUACUAACUUCGAUUGGUUUUAUGUGGACACGGCGGGCGGCUCGUGCGCGGUGACGGGGUGGGGCGGCUGGUCGCCGUGCUCGGCGCGCUGCGGGCGCGGGCGGCGCGUGCGCGCGCGGCUGUACGUGUCGCGCGACCCGCGCACGCAGCACCACCUCACGCGCACGCUGCUCGAAUCCUGGAACCGACGGUUUGCGCAUCUGCAGAAGAUCGAAACUGCAGCGGAGAACAUAACAGCUGACGAUCCGGAGAUAGAAAGCCUUGUGCAGGAACAUUUAGAGAAAUGUCAGUUCACGUUGACGCUCCAAGAAGCACUCUGCGAUGGGGAUGAAGAAGACUGCAUGAAUUCCAGCACCUACACAGAGAUAUGCAAGUUGCCAGUAUCAGUGGGCCACUGCCGCGGGUACGAGGAGCGUUGGUUCUACGACUCUGCCCGCAACUCGUGCGAGCCCUUCGGCUUCAGCGGCUGUGGCGGCAACAACAACAACUUCCCCACCCGUGACGUCUGCUUGCAGAAGUGUCGCUCCAACCAGACCGUCGAGAGUGUGACAACUGUUGCUAGUGAAGUUACGACGAAAAAACUAAAACCGACUCCUUCCUCUGAAGAUAAUGAAGUGGUACAGAACGACACACCGGUAUUUCCUGAAGGCGCUUUGAACUGUGCGAUGGGUCCGUGGCUCGGGUGGAGCAAUUGCUUCGGGGACUGCAAGUACGCUGUCAAACUUAACUACCGUUUGAUCAUGCACAGAUCGGUGGCAGGAGCUGGCAAGUUCUGCGGUCGACUUGUGAAAAGUCGACUCUGCAAACCCACAUACUGCCGUCAGAUGCUGUUGGGUGCCACCACUGACGCCACCGACGUCAACAACAUCGAUAAAGCUAGUUCCGACAACGAUUCAUCGUAAAUG